CAGAACGCUCGUCGUUGGCCGUGAUGCCCGUGAUUGGCCGGCGACCGUGAGUCGAAGGUGGUCGAACGCGUCCAGCAGGACCAGCAGAAGCGUCGAUCAGCUGUUCCUCCUCGGUGAGGCGCAUGCGCCGACUGGCCGGCACUUAAGAGACACACACGUGAACGCGGUGAACGCGCGUGUAAAGUAAACACAUGACACUUGGGAUCGGCGUUCGGACGACGAGGUGAACGAUCGGCCAGGGAAACUCGCUGUUGUUUAUGGAUUCUCCGGGCUCGAGCUGAGACAGAGAUCCGAUGCCGCUCGGCAGCAAGCCCAAGUGCGUCAAGUGCGGGACCAGCGAGACCCCACUGUGGCACUCGACCGACGCCGGGAAUCUGUGCAAUGCCUGCCUGGAGGCCGAGGCGAGCGCGUCCUCCAAGACGGACGAGGAGGACAGGAGCGGCUCGCUGAAGCCCCGAAGGAGCACGCGGAUCACGAGGUAUUGCAACACGAAGGCGACCGGGCCGCACAGAGUCGUGCCCAAGGGCAAGGGUCGCAGGAACUUGUUUAAGAAAACGCCGGUCAAGGCGCCCACAGCCACCGCGACUCCGGUCACCAGCAACUUUGUGUUCUACAAGGGCACGUAUUUCCAAAUCGGAGACGUAGUCUCCCUGCAGGACGUAGACGGCGGUAUUUAUUACGCCCAGAUACGUGGCCUGUUGACGGAUCAGUAUUGCGAAAAGAGCGCCGCCAUUACCUGGCUGUUGCCCACCACAGCGAGCCCCCCACCGGAAGAAGGCUUCAUUCCUGAGACAUACAUAAUCGGACCAGAAGAAGAUUUACCUCGUAAAUUAGAGUGCAUGGAAUUUGUAAUGCACGCCCCGUCGGACUAUUUUCAGUUGAAAAAUAGCCCCUAUCCACCUCCGCACACGGAGAAGGGAGCGGGCUACAUAUGGACGACUUUUAGAAAUGAACUGGCCAUAUCUAAAAAGUGAUAAUAAUUCUUUGUUGAGAACAUGUAUCGUUAAUAUCGCUCUAAGCUUAAAAUGGCAAGAUAAUUUUUAUAUACGAAUCACUUUACAGCUUUUUGUCAAUAUUUCUUUUUAGUCGUGCGUAUUAUUUGAAUUAAGAUUAAUUAGAUCGUUAAAUUAUGGGAAUGUAUAGAAGUCAGACUUAAUAUAUGACGAUGAAAAUAUGA